CGCGGCCAUGGAGAACACAGGGCAGGUCUACGAAGAUACCACCGUCCCCACCGAACAGAGCAAGGGGCCCUGCUGGGGUCACCUCACCACCAGCCACUUGGGCAGGUGGCGACUAUGCCUCAAGAUUUCGCAACUGGUGUUAUCCUUCAUAGCCUUUGUCCUUGAAGAAAUUGUGACGAACUGCAGCUCCUGUGCUGGACUUUACAUCUUUGAGUUUGUCAGCUGCAGUGCCUUUCUUUUAAGCAUAUCAAUCCUGGUUGUGUACUGUUCUUCUUUAUAUGAAAAGACUGGAAAAGAGAAAGUAGCAUGUUUGGAUUUCAUUGUUGUUUUAUUAGUAGGAUCAAUCUUUCUACUAGCUUCAAUUACAUUUUCUGGAACCAGUGACAAGACACCAAUUGAAAAUGCUGCAAUUGCAUUUGGAUUCUUUGCAAGUAUAGCAUUUCUUGUGGAUGGUGUCCAAAUGAUUAAGAAGCGGUGGGUCAGAAAUGAGAGACAGCUAGAAAGUACAACCAACCCAUCAAAUCCACCAGAGAAUCAGCCAUUAAAUAAUCAGCAGGCCUGAGUUGUAAACCACAAUAGCUUUUUACUACAUGCUGGUCAUAGUUGAAGAGAUUCUGUCUUUUAAGGUGUUUCUAGAUUAUUAUAUUUUAUUUCAGUUUUGUACUUGCUUAAUCUCUGCACAAUUCUUGUUCACAUAAGGUAUGAUUUCUGAAUGUGACCUUACCCCUCAUUCCCUGUUUUAAAAUAGCAUUGGAUUCACAGGAUUGCACUCCUUUUGCUUUUCAUACAUACAAUGUACCAAUAAUAAAUGUAAAGUAGUCUGUUGAAGAUAGAAAUUUUGGCUGGGCAUUGUUAAAUCCUCAAGUGUUGCUUCUCUCAGAAUGAAUGUAGAGAGUAAUGCAUAGCAGAAAAAGUGGUUUGGCAUAGUAAUUCAAAUUCAGAUUUUUAUUUUUUAGUAAAUCUAGCCGUGCAUGCCUGUGGAUGUUUCCACAUUCUUUUCCCAGUGAAGAUUUUGUUACUCCUUCUUAAGUCAUCUUAGAAUUUAAAUAAAUUCAUGGGGUUUUAUUGUCAAUAUUUUGAAUAGUAAGGUUUUAUAAUACAGAUGGAACCUGCGUCAAAACAUUGCAGGGUGCAUCCUGUUCAGCAUUCCAGAAACACUAUUCCAUUCCACCUUAGCAUCCCAGUUAGCAUCCCAUGUCUUCUGACAUGCUGUAUUGUUGCUGUGGGCUCUUGUCAGGGAAAGGAUACUUUUAAAAAAAAAAAUUGUACUGUACAUUUGCAAAUCUUGUGGCUCCCCCCAAUUCAGUAGGAUGUGGGUGGGUUAGGCAUUUUCAUCUACAUUAACCACCCAAAUUUGAAGCGGUGAGGUCGGUAAUCGUACAUUAAAAUAGCAAGCUAGAUACUCUUGUGAGCCUGUGUAUUUAGAGGGUAGAAGUAGAAUAUUUUAGGAUUCUGAAACAGCCAUUGAAAGAUUUCAGAUGUAAGAAAAAUCAGCCUGUUAGGAAAAAAAAGAUUGAGAGAGAGAAAAAAAUAACUACAGAAAGAAUUUAAAUCUUUCAAGAUUGCAUAAAACUAUAAAAGAAAUUCCUAUUGGUAUAUAAAAAUACCAGUUGAUUUUAUAAAAAAGGAAAUUUUUAUUUCUUCUGUCAGUUUUUCAUUAUCUUUCUUUUAUGUAGUUGUUUAUGUAUACAUUCUGUUUCUUUGGGUGAAUGAAAUCAUGACUGCAGAAUUUUGUCACGGAGCGUCUGGUCAGCACUUCUUGUGAGUGGUCCUGGGAGCAAUAAGUGGCCAUGUUUCUCAGAACAGCAACCUAGAUGGUGGUAAGAAUGCUGUUUCUGGGCCAAAAGAAACAUGAUUAAACUUGGUCAUUGAUGCUCAGAACCAGAUUAUAGCUUUAUGUGGUGUUGCAGAAAAAUAGUAUAGAUAGCAAUAGUCUGCAGUAAAAUAUUCUUCAAUGUUGUUAUUUGUAAGUGGAAAAAUCAGCUUGCAUGUAGUGUUUAUUUAGGCGAAGCAAAAUAGCUGUUACCUGAUUUCCAUGACAACCAUUGAAACAGCAUCAAAGCUGGAGAAGUGGAACAGUUUCUGUCCAAACCUGUUCUAAAAUGCAAUCAAUAAAUUGUGAUAUAUUUUGGGAAUUUUGGAUAGAAAAGGGCAGGAUUUUCACAGAUUAUUUAACUUAUAUAGUUGGGUAUUAAUGCAUUGACAUUGUUUUUAGGUAAACCAUUUCAAGGAAACAGAUUCAACUUUUAUUUGCCAAAUGUCUCCCAGGUGUGAUUUUCUAAAUUUUUUUCUGAGGUUUGUGUUGCCAGAGUUAUCUUAGAGGCUGAACUGCAAGAAUGUGGUUACCCAAGUAUAUUUUCAGGUAUGUUAGCUUUCAAAUGCAUAUGUCUGUUCAUUACAGGUCUACAAAUAAAUUGGGAAUGCUGGUAGGAAAUUCCUUCUGUUGAGCAUGUAGUGGGAAGCAGCUGCAACGCUGUUCUGCAGUAUGAGGUUCAAAGUACAGGUAGUCCUCAGUUAGCGACCACAAUUCGGACCGGUGACUUGGUCGUUAAGUGAAGCGAUCGCUAAGUGAAACCAUGACUGUGCUUACGAUCUUACUUCAGCUUUUCUUUACAGAUCUGCAAAGGUAGUAAAUGCGAGGUUUGUUCGUGAAGUUACUUUUUCAUGACAUUGUAACUGAAUGGUCCCUAAAUGAGGCAGUCACUAAAGAAGGAGUAGCUGUAAAUGUUAUUCUGAUGUCAAGAUAAACUUCGGUUAAAAUCUAAAAUAUAAUACUAGGAGUAGGCCAAAUUCAUAGCCAUAGUUUUUACAUUUGGUUGAGUGAUGUCACCCAAUAUUUCAGUAUAGAGUGUCUUGUUUGUUAAUUUCUCAGAUGAGGAAAUGUACAAUGCUAUUUGCUUAUCUAUUUAAAUUUGUAAAUAUGCAUGGAGAGUAAGGACAACUUCUGAGUGACUCUCAAGGAAGCUACAGGAAAGCGAGAGUAAGUUGGCCAUUUUUCCUUUCAAGUGUCUUAGCAUUUUCACAUACUGUGUAGAUAGGUGAAUUUGUAAAAU